AUGGCUGGUGAUGUCACUGUAGUUCGUCAUAACUACGAUAACCGUGGACCCGCUAAUAAACUCAUAAUACUACGAAUCCAGCAUAAUCCACAGGAAAUCCCUGAAGGAUUGAUCGACGCCACACGUGAAGUUAUUGUUGUAUACAUUGAAGUUACUGUUAAGAAUACAACAAGUUUCAUUAAAUGGAGAAUCAAGGAUAAGUGCCUUGAGAUUGGAGAUUCGUCAGGCACUAACGAUAUUAGUAUUAGUAACGACACGGAUAAUCAUUCUAAUGAACUCCCGACUAGUGGCACCACUGUCAUAAGGUUGCGGCCGGCUCAUUUGUUACUUAGUGUUAGUCGGCAGACACAGACUCUUUCAAGCAAUCGGAUUGAAAAGGGAUCGAAUCACAAGCUGAGCUCACUAGAUCGAAAUAUUGUUGUGUACCGCUAUAUUCUCUCACUUACUAUUCUAUCGAUGACCCCUCCUUAUCCAGUAGGCCAUAGUCUAGCAGGAGGCGAUAAUCCGUCAACCGAACCAGGUCAAGUGUAUCACAUCCGGAAGCGAAGCGAGCUGCCAUCCACAACACUACGCAAACAAACAAAGCAGGAGCACCCAUUAGUAAAAGAAGAGAACAGGACAGCCUACAAGAAGCAAUUCUCAAAGUUCAUUGAGCGUUGUAUCACUGCUGACAAUCUUGAGGAGAUGUAUGCCAUUCGUCAUGCUGCCAUUCGUGCAAACCCAGUACAUCAACCUAAGCAGGCCAAAAAUUAUGGAGAGCAAAAGAUAUUCACGGCUAAGUAG